AUAAAACGAAGCAUGGGUAUAACAGUAACUUCACUAUAUCCCAUUUCAUUGCCGAUCAAAACACAGGGCUCUUCUUCGUCCUCCAUGGCUUUGUACGAACCUUCGAUUUCGAGCUCCGAACUUAAACAGAACCCUCGGAAUAUUCAAUUCCUACCCUAUCAUUGAAUCUCCAAAUUAAAGAAUCGCCCUUGCUUCACCAUCAGUUAGACAUCAUUGUCUCCGAUUGAAGGUGCACUGCCCAGUCAUUGUUCUUCAGAGUUUGGGCUUUAUGCGCUGUUGUGCCCAUCUUUGUCAUGCACCUCUGUAUUUACUGGCUUUUUGACCCGGAGAAUGUGUGGAAACUGAUGCAAUGGCAACUUCUAGCAAGUUUGAUCUCUCGUCUGGUAGCCCGGAUAGACCAUUAUACAACAGUGGGCAGCGAGGAUCCCACAUAGCUGCUCAAUUGGACAGAUCUGGUAGCUUUCGCGAGAGCAUGGAAAAUCCAAUUUUAUCUUCACUUCCAAACAUGUCAAGAAGCACGUCUCUAAUAACACAAGGAGAUGUAACAAACUUCUUCCAUUGCUUGCGCUUUGAUCCAAAAUUGGUGGCUUCAGAGUACAAGUCUAACCGGCAAGGGGACUUGAGAAGACUUGUGAGUGUUGCUCUUAGCAUUUCACCUGAUGAAUCUCCAUCUGGUUCUGUAAAAGGAAAACCAUCUCCAAUACCGGAGGAUAUAAAACGAGUCAAAGCUGGUCUGCGUGAAGGCUCUGUUAAGGCUAGGGAACGUGUAAAAACAUUCAAUGAAGCCUUAUUAGUAUUCAACAAGGUUUUCCCAAGCGUACCAUCAAAGAAGAGAUCAAGAACAGAAGUUUUUUCUAAUGAACGGUCUACUGUGGUGUUAUCGAGUGAUAGGUCGAUCCUGGGGCCAAAGAUGGGUAAGAUUGGUAUUCAGAGUCAUGCUGUCACAGGUGGUUUUGAACUUGAGCAGCAAAAGUCAGAAGAAAGGACCAAGAACUCUGUCCCAAACAAACGCACUCGUACUUCUAUGGUGGAUGUGAGGAUGGAUGUGAGGAGUAAUGCUCUUGUCCGGCCAUCUGGAGCAGUAGACAGGGAUAGGGAAAUGCUGCGGCUUGCAAGUAGUGGUGCAGUUCAGGGAGAGGAUCGGAAUUUAUCUAUAGGUGUUGAUGGUUGGGAAAAGUCAAAAAUGAAGAAAAAACGUUCUGGGAUAAAGCUAGAUGCUUCUCCAAGUAUGGUAUCCGGUAAACCAAUUGAUGGCUUCCGUGAAACUAAACAGGGAAUGCAGCAAAGGCCUGUGAGUGAUGCCCGUUCAAGGUUAAAUAGUGACUCCCAUGGGUUCAGGCCAGGAGUUACUAAUGGAGCUGUUGGAGCUGGAAAGUCUGACGGAAUCUCACAAUUUCGUUCAUCCAUCCCUAAGACUGAACCAGACAACCCUUCCCUUAUAAAUGAUAAGAGAGAUCACCCUAUUGUUACAGAUAAGGAAAGGGUGAACCACAGAGCUGUUAAUAAGGCAAGUGUUCGUGAUGAUUUUAAUUCAGCUAGUCCUACCUCAAGCACAAAGAUAAAUGCUUCUGUUCGGGCUCCACGAUCAGGCUCAGGUGUUGUACCCAAGUUGUCUCCGGUUGUUCAUCGAGCAACUGUUGCUAAUGAUUGGGACAUUUCUCAUUGUACAAGCAAGCCCCCAGCUGCUGUUGGAGCUAACAAUCGCAAACGCAUGGCAUCAGCACGAUCUUCAUCUCCACCUGUUGCCCAAUGGGCUGGCCAAAGACCACAGAAGAUCUCCCGCACUGCGAGACGAUCAAAUUUUGUUCCUAUUGUCUCAAGUAAUGAGGAAACCCCUACUAUGGAUAGUGCAUCUGAUGUUACUGGUAGUGACAUAGGGAUGGGAUUUGCCAAACGCCUACCAGGAAGUUCUCCUCAGCAGGUUAAGUUAAAAGCCGAACCUUUGUCUUCAGCUGCACUAUCGGAGAGUGAGGAGUCAGGAGUUGCGGAGAUUAAAUCCAGAGAUAAAGGCAAAAAGACCGAUGAAAUAGAUGAGAAAGCUGGACAGAAUGUUCAAAAGGUGUCCCCUCUGGUCCUGCCAUCAAGAAAGAAUAAGCUGGUUACUGGGGAAGACCUUGGAGAUGGUGUUCGAAGGCAAGGGAGGACAGGGAGAGGUUUUACUUCCACUAGGUCUCUCAUGCCAAUGACGGUUGAGAAGAUUGGAAAUGUUGGAACAGCAAAACAGCUAAGAAGUUCCAGACUUGGUUUUGACAAAAGUGAAAGCAAGGCAGGUCGACCACCAACUAGGAGACUUUCUGAUCGAAAGGCCUAUACACGUCAAAAGCAUACAGCAAUCAAUGCAGCAGCAGAUUUUCUCGUUGGGUCAGAUGAUGGACAUGAAGAGUUAUUGGCUGCUGCAAAUGCUGUCGUUAAUUCUGCUCGGUCCUUCUCAAGCUCAUUUUGGAGGCAAAUGGAGCCAUUUUUUGGUUUUUUAUCUGAUGCGGACACAGCUUACCUAAAGCAACAGGGAAACAUCGAAUCUAAUGUGACGACUCAAGCCCAAGUUCCUUCUGGUAUAGAUUGUAGCGCUACUGUCACUAAUGGGCUUAGGUUGAUUGGAUGUGAACCAAAGAGUGGAGAAUUUCGUCCAGAACAUUUAGUACCAGGAGCUGGGGAUCAUGUUGCAAUUCCCCUCUGUCAGAGACUCCUAGCAGCCGUAAUUCCAGAGGAGGAUUUCAGCAGUGGAAAUGACGACCUCACAUUUGAUGCAGAUGGGGUUGAAUUUGAUAUAGAUGCAGAGGUGGAAUCAAAUGGUUUGAGUUAUCAAUCACAAGAUAACUUUCAGUUUGCUGGGCAUGCUGCUUUUAAUGGUUUUAGGAUUACUGGGAGGCCGGAAUAUGAUGAGCCCGAAGGCACACACAAAGCAAUCAGUUCGAACUUCAGUCAUUCGCAAAACGGUUUUCUUUCAGAGCAAGUAUCAAUAUCUGGAUUGGCCUGUUCAGAAUCUCAGUACGCGAACAUGCACUUAAAUGAAAAACUUCUCCUGGAGGUCAAUAGUAUUGGAAUUUUUCCAGAGCUAGAGCCUGAUAUGACACAGACUGGGGAUGAAGGAAUCAGUGAAGAAAUUAGGAAAUUAGAGGAGAAGUACCAUGAACAGGUCUCCAUCAAGAAAGGCUUGCUGGAUAGACUGUUGAGGUCUGCCUCAGUAACAGAGGAAUUCCGGGAAAAGGAGCUUGAACAGCGUGCCCUUGACAAACUAGUUGGAAUGGCUUAUGAAAAGUAUAUGAGUUGUUGGGGUCCUAACACUGGUGGGAAGAAUACCAGUAACAAAAUGGCCAAGCAAGCUGCCUUAGCAUUUGUUAAGCGGACAUUAGAGCGAUGUCGAAAAUUUGAAGAUACAGGGAAAAGCUGUUUCAGUGAACCCUCAUAUAGGGAUAUACUUCUUUCUGGGUUUUCCAACGUUAAUGGCAUGCGACAAUCAGAGGCUAUUGCAGAGGGUGAAUCCACCAAACCAUACGCGUCCAAAGUUUCGGUUUCCGUGGGUUCCCAGCAAAGCCAUUCACAGUUUAGUCAGAAUGCUGAUAAUCAUAAUGUCAUAUCUUCGGAUGUGCUUCCACCUUUAAAUCACCUGUCUGAACAAGCUAUUGGUAGAGAAGAGACGUGGUCAAACAGGGGGAAGAAGAGGGAAUUGUCACUUGAUGAUGUAGGUAGUACUAUUGGAACUUCAAAUGUCCCGUCGGGUAUUGGAAGUUCUCUAUCUAGCAGUGCAAAAGGAAAGAGGAGUGAGAGGGAUAGAGAUGGAAAAGGGCACAACAGGGAGGUGUUACCUAGAAAUGGAACUCCAAAAAUUGGUCGGCCAGCAAUAUCUAAUGUUAAGGGGGAAAGGAAAACAAAAACGAAGCCUAAGCAGAAAACAACUCAACUAUCUAUUUCAGUAAAUGGCCUCCUUGGCAAGAUGUCGGAGCAACCCAAACCAGCAUUGCCUUCUGUAUCAAAGUCAGGUGAAAUGACUACCAGCGGCAAUACCAAAGAGAAGGAUGAGUUUGCCUUGGAUGUAGUUGAUGACCCAGAGUCCAUUGACUUGUCUCACCUGCAAUUACCGGGAAUGGAUGAAUUAGGUGUCCCUGAUGAUAUUGAUGGCCAAGGGCAGGAUUUGGGUUCGUGGUUGAAUAUUGAUGAUGACAGUUUACAAGAUCAAGAUUUCAUGGGUCUUGAAAUUCCAAUGGAUGACCUCUCAGACUUAAAUAUGAUGGUUUGAAGUUGCUUCUCUGUAUAGUCUUGUUCAUUAUACUAUUGACUAAUGAAACAAAAUUGCUGUUUCAAGAAAUGACCAGUGAUAAGAAUAGUCAUUUGACUAUCCAGUUCCAGCUACAUGCAUAGUCAUUUGGCUAUUGGUCCACAGUUAGGUUAUAUAGAUUCUUUUGUAGGUUCCUGCACAAGUUGAAUUUUGAGUGAACCUUUCGGAUGUUUUGGAUUUUGCUCCUGUAUUAAGUUGGUGACUUUGACUGUAAAGAUCUUUUUGUUCAAGGCACUAGUUAGUAUGGUUUAGUUAUUAUAUCUUAGCAAACACUGUAUCCUCCCUGUAGCUGUUACAAAUCAGAGAACGAUGCCCUCUUGUACAUACAUUUUAUUAUUCCUAAUAAAAUCAGCUCUUAAUUCAA